AGAAAAGAAGGCUCAGGACAGAGUGGGUUGGAGAAUGCUGGUCAGCGGCCUAUGCUCCAUUGGGAGUAACAGGCGUAUGUAAGUAAGUAAGUAAGCUGGUUGUCAGAAGGGGCAUCGGUCUCGUAACUUCCGAAGGAAUUCGGCUUUCAUCAUGAAGCGUCAUAAUUCUUCUAAAUGAAGACCUUCAGACUCCCAAGGCAGAGGUUAAAAGGUUUGAAUAAUUUUUUCUGGUUAGCGUUUAUUUAGCGAGUUAGUUUCACAUUUAAAUAGUGGCUAUUUUUUCUGUAGUAUUCUCAAACAAAGGAAAGUAAAUCUUUUACAAAAAGCUUGUUCUGUUCCGCUCUUAUCAAGUUAAUGCCUAGUUUGCUGAUAAAGUUUGAUGUUCCUUCAUUAACUUAUUCAGUAGCCAUUCCAUCGUAAGUGUGUGUGCGCGACUUGGGAUAAAAAAUUAUUACUUAAAUUCACAGAUAUCCAAGUGCUGCGAGGCUUUUUGUACUUAAAACCAGCGUUCGAAAGAUAAUUGACUAGUCCUAUAUAGUAUUAAACUCGCAUAUCGGGUUUCUCUUUUGUUUGCCGCCAAAAUACAACCCUUAUGUGCAUCCACAAUGAUCAACUACCCCAUGUUGUUUUGGGCUUCGACACUCGUGAAAGUUCUCCAGCUUUAGCAAAUGAAGUUAAUCAAGGUGUUAGUGUUAUGCAUGGCAUCUGCCAUGAACUUGGACUAGUGACCACUCCGCAACUUCACUAUUUUGUUCAAUAUAUUAAUUCAAUUGGUAGCCCAUGUUCCAACCAACUUGUUGAUUUAGAAACUAUUUACGUUCAUCAUUUUGCUGAACGUUUCACCACCGCGUUAGAAAAUUUACAAAGUUGUACUGAAUCAAUACAUUUAAAUAUAGAUUGUGCACAUGGUGUUGGUUCUAAAGUUUUAGAACGUUUUCGUGCAUAUUUUUCAUCUGUCAAAGGCCCACGUAGAUUAAUAUUACACUUAUAUAAUACAGAGACAGAAAAAAAAGAGUUACUUAAUCAAAAUUGUGGAGCUGAUUUUGUUAAAAUAACACUAAAUGCACCAAAGUUAACCCCACCGAAUGAACAGUCUAUCAUGUAUCCAGAUCGAUGGGCAACAAUCGAUGGAGAUGCUGAUAGAUUAAUCUAUUUUCGACCAAUUUUUACACAUUGUUCAUCAUCUUCAGAUAAUAGGUUAAGUAAUGACAUGAAAGAAUUACAUCUAACUGGGGCUGUAGCUCAACAAGUUGAACUUCUGGAUGGUGAUCGUAUAUCAUGUCUUUUUGCUCAUUUUCUUGUUAAAGUUCUCAAGUCAGUAUCUUCCGAUCGUAAUUUAACUAUCGGAGUCAUACAGACAGCUUAUGCAAAUUCUGCGUCUACACGUUAUUUAGCUGAACAUCUUCAUGUAUCAGUAGUUUGUGUUCCAACUGGAGUAAAACAUUUGCAUCAUGCAGCGCAAAGUUUUGAUUUUGGGAUUUAUUUUGAGGCUAAUGGACAUGGAACUGUAUUAUUUUCCAAACAUAUUUUAAAUUUUGCAAAAAAUCUAAAUGUGAACAAUCCACUUCGUACAUUUAUUGAUUUAACUAAUACUUCAAUUGGGGAUGCUAUAACUGAUAUUCUCUUGGUGGAAUAUACAUUAGCUUGGUUAAAUUGGUCAUUUAUUAAUUGGUUUUCAAUGUAUGAUGAUUUACCAUCGAAACAAUUAAAAGUUACUGUAGCUAAACGUGAUCUUAUACAAGUUACAUGGGAUGAAAGACGUGUAACAAGUCCAAUUGAACUACAAAUUGCUAUCGAUGAAGCUGUUCAACAAGCCGAUAAAUUAGUUGAUAAAAUUGGUACAUCACGUGCAUUUGUUCGUCCUUCAGGCACAGAAGACACUGUACGUAUUUAUGCUGAAUCGUAUACACAUGAAGCAACUGAUUGGUUAUCCGCAACAAUCGCUUUAAUAACUUAUAGAUUAGCCGGUGGAAUAGGUCCUCAGCCUACACCUCCUAAACCUCUUCAUUCCAUUUGUAAUUGAUUCAUCAACUAUUUUUAAUCGUAAUUACUGUGAAUUAAUGUGCUGGUCGGUGCUCUUUCUUUCCUCCUUUUGUUCUGUCUUGAUUUAUUUAAUCAUAUUUAGUUAUUUUGAUGUAUUUUGUUAUUAUUUGUAAUCUUGCGAAAUUAUAACUUUCGUCUCUUUACUGUUUUUUUUCCUAUGUUCUCCUCUCGAUUAUAUCUGAUGGUAAUUAUUAAGUAGUUAAUUUAUAUAAUGUUAUGUCAUGAAAUAAUGUGUAUUACAAUGUGAUAUAGAAUAUUUACAAUAAAUUAAUUUCAUACAGAACAAAUGUUAUUAAUAAUAAUGUCUUAUUUUUAAUUUUGCUUUAGAAAGAGAAGACUAUGUGUUAGAUGGUUGGAGGCAGUCGACAGGAAACUCUAGAUCUAGGUCUCAUACUAUUUGACACUCGUCAAUGGGUUAUACUCAUAGUUAUGAAAGAAGUGCUCACAACAGAUUUUGUCCCAUGUCAUGUAGCUCCACAGUUAGAGACGCUACCAUUAAGCUGCCCAGGUCACGACUGACCUGUAGGAUUAUAAUAUUUACAACUGAUUUAGCAAUAAGUAGUGACCAAUAUAAUAUUUAUCUAGUUCCUUAUAAUCCUGACCGGUUCCUGCUAUUCAAGUUGCAACUUGACAAACAUGAUAUUGGUUACCGCUCAGUUGUCAAUCAAUUAUAUGAGACUGUGUG